AUGAUGGCGGCGCUGGAUUUGUCGGCGUCGGAGGAUUUGCUCGUAGGAGGCGACAUGGAUGAGAAGGAGCUGCGACAGCGCGUCCGGCUGGUGGAGGACGAGUGGGAGUACUUCCAAGAAGCGCCAUAUCGCCUGAUCGACGAGUUUUGGAGGGACGUGUUUGACGCGGCGUACGACGAGCUGGUGGCGCGCGAUCCAACGGUGCACGAUAGGGCUGUGGAGGAAAUCGCACGGCUCUCGGGCAAGUUCUACGACGUUCGAACCGUUGGGAAUAAAGUGAUGUUGGUUCAAAAGGGAGCGGCCGGCGCAGCUAUAGCAGCAGGGAGAGGCGACGAAGCCGUUGCUGAUGACUCUGAUGCACAGGAGGGCACUGGCGGAGCAGACGCGGGCGAAGGGGGCGAAACGGGAGCAGACGCGCAAGGAGAGGCGGAGGCGGAAGGAGGAGCGGGCAGUGGGGAGAAAGCAAAGCGCGCCAAGCCAAUCGAGCAGCAGCAGAAGCAGGAGCAGCAGGAACAGCGGGAGCAGGGGCAACAGCAGUCGAUGAUGCAGCAGCAGAAUAUUGGAAAAGAGCAGCGAGAGGGGAAGCAAGUGGAAGGACAAGAGGGCGAUGGGGAGCAGAAAGGCGGAGCCGCAGAGCGCGAUUCAGAAGAGGUUCAAGCGGCAGUGUCAUGA